AUGUUCGGCAACUUCGGCGUGAACCUCGGUUCCGUCGGUAACCUCUUUGGCGCGUCCGGCCCGAGGCUCAACUACGACCUCGGCGAGGCCUACCCGCGCGCCGCGGGCGGCUGGACGCACUACAGGGCCACCAGCAAGGAGGACGGCUCUCCCGCGAGCGUGUUCAAGUUUGUGUGCAACGACGUCCACAAGGAGAGGGUCCGCGUGGAGGUGGCGAGGAACGGCGCCAAGCGGCUCAAGACCACGAGACAUCCGAACAUCCUGAUGCUCAAGGACUCGCUCGAGGUGGAGGAGGGCGACAAGCUGACCAUCUACGUCGUCACCGAGUCCGUCAUGCCCCUCGAGGAGCACCUCAAGGAUCUGCCAACCUCCACGUCCCAGCGCGACGAGUACUACGCGCUCGGCAUACGGCAGGUGGCCACGGCGGUGUCCUUCCUGGCCAACGACUGCGCUCUGGUGCACGGUGGCGUGAGCAUGUCAACGGUCGUGGUCACCGACAGGCUCGACUGGAAGCUCGCGGGCCUCGACCUCCUGUCCGAGCACGCAGCCAUCGGGCGGGGCACGCACGGACCCGCGCCCCUCGUGCACGCCGCCUUCUCCGUCCCCGAUCAGUACAAGCCGGAGGAGUACCGGCGCGGGGACUGGGCGGGGAUCCCCGGCGGACCCCCUUGGGCGAUUGACGCGUGGGGGCUGGGGUGCUUGAUCCAGGAGGUGUACCGGGGCGGCGCGAUCUCGCGGACCGAUCAGCUCCGGGAGGUGGACCACAUCCCGCAGGUUCUCCUGAAGGAUUACCAGAGGCUCCUCGCGACGGCGCCCGAGCGCAGGUACAACCCAAAGAAACUCGUCGAGAACUCCAGCCUCUUCUCCAACAAGCUCGUGGAGACGAUCACGUUCCUGGACAACCUCACGCUCAAGGAUUCCAUCGAGAAGGAGCAGUUCUUCCGGCACCUGCCGAGGGUCAUGGAGUCCCUCGCCAAGGCUCCGGUGCAGCGAAAGAUCUUGCCGCACAUCGGCGAGGCGCUCGUGUUUGGAAGCGCGCCGGCGCUCGCGGUGUCGCCGAUGCUGCACGCCGCGGAGGGCCUCUCCGACGACGACUUUGCAUCCAAGGUGACGCCCACGAUCGUCAAGCUCUUCGCCAAGGAGACGGCGAACGCGUCGGACAAGUUGGUCCGAGUGGCGCUCAUGGAGAACCUCUCGCGAUUCGCCAAACACCUGCCGAAUAAACUCGCAGACGAGACGAUCUUCCCGGCGAUGUCCAGCUCGUUCACGGACGAGGACCCGUUCGUUCGGGAGCUCACGCUCAAGGCGACGCUGGUGCUGGCGCCCAAACUGACGCAGCGAACGCACGGUAACCUGCUCAAGUACCUGUCCAAGCUGCAGGUUGACCCGGAACCUCCCAUCCGCGCCAACACCACCAUCCUCCUCGGCAACAUCGCGCGGUACCUCGCCGAGGCCACGGCGAAGCGCGUGCUGCUCAACGCGUUCACCAGGGCGUUACGGGACCAGUUCCCCCCGGCCCGAAAGGCUGGGCUGAUGGCGCUGUGCUCCACCGUGGAUUUUUACGAACCUGGCGAGGCGGCGCAGAGGGUGCUACCCGCGGUUGCGCCGCUCACCGUCGACCCGGAACGAGAGGUUCGCGAGUGCGCGUUCCGGUGCCUGGACAUGUUCACCGACCUACUGA